GGCUGGGAUAACAUCCGGGUCCCCCGCUGAGGUGAGCGGCGCGCUGUGGAGGAGGCCCGUUCCUCGCCGGUGUUUCUCUCCCAGGCGGCAGCCCCCUCCCUCCGACCGGCGCCAUGGCGAUGCAAGCGGCCAAGCGAGCCAACAUUCGGCUGCCUCCAGAAGUCAAUCGGAUCCUGUACAUUAGGAACCUGCCAUAUAAAAUCACAGCGGAGGAAAUGUAUGAUAUUUUUGGGAAAUACGGGCCUAUUCGACAAAUCAGAGUUGGCAACACUCCUGAAACCAGAGGAACAGCCUAUGUAGUCUAUGAAGACAUCUUUGAUGCCAAAAACGCUUGUGAUCACCUGUCAGGAUUCAACGUGUGCAACAGAUACCUUGUCGUUUUGUACUAUAACGCAAACAGGGCAUUCCAAAAGAUGGACACAAAGAAGAAAGAGGAACAGCUUAAGCUUCUCAAGGAAAAAUAUGGAAUUAAUACAGACCCACCAAAAUAAACUGAUCUCUUUGGAAAACUGCAAGCCCUGCUGCCGAGUUUGACUGUUUGCAAGCCCUGCCGCUGAGUUCUUGAGCUAUACCUAGGAAUUCUCAAUGAAGCAUAACUUUUUUUUUUUAAAUUUGAUAAGCUGUAAUUUGACUCUCUAGAUCUUCACAUUAGAAUGAAAUAAAUGUAAAACAUUGGAAGAUUUUAAGCUUUCAGAUGGCAUGCCCCGAGUGGACGUGGCUCCUCCGUGUUGUAAGGGUGACCUGGUAAAUGCUGCAUAACCACAGCCCUGUUUCUGGCAGGGACCGAGCACGCCGAGUGUCUCGCACCUCCUGAAGCAGGUCUCCAGGGCAGGCUUUAAGCAUGGCAGCAGUUAGGGCAGGGAGCUCAGGGGGCUCAGUAUGAGCUGCCUACGAGGACCUAAAUCUCGCUUGCUACUUUCUGAAGAUGGAGUAUCGCAACUAGUCUCCCCGCUGCGGGGAUUUUUGUACUUUUUUUAAAAAAGAAGGAAGCGUGGUUUGCUCGUUCAU